GAAGAGGAGGGUCAAGCAUGGCGGAUGCAGGCGCAGAGGAUCUGGAGCAGCUGACAGUGGAGGUGCUGAAGCAGCGAUGCAGAGAGCAAGGGCUCAAAGUUGGAGGGAGGAAGGCAGACCUGAUACAGCGACUUCAAGGAGCUCCCAGCAUGCAUGAGGAGGGGAAGAAGGAGCCAGGGGCAGGGAGGAAGGAGGACGAUCUAACGGUGACGCCGCGGCCUCCUCCCCACGACGAGCUCCGGCUUGAGAUUGUAGCAUGCAAGAGCUGAUCCAUCUUCAAGCGCGCAGCAGUUGAGCUCGAGGCCCUGGUGAGGAGGGAGUACCCCCAUGCGCGCAUUCUGGGUCACCCCAGGAAGGGGUGGACCCCGGAGCUCCUGCAGCUUCCUCCUCGUCCUACCAAGGGAGCGCUGGAAGUUCAUGUAAACGGUCAGCUUGUCUUUUCCUGUGGGCCGGAGGACCGUCCGUUCCCGCAGCUCAGAAGCACUAAGAUGGAGGAGGUGUUCUCCAAAGUGAGAGCUGCGGUAGAGGAGAAGAGAUGAGAAGAGUCUGAGCGAGAUGUUGUGACGGAGGGGGCGGAAAGCUUGCAGAAGAAUCGCUUCCUCUCGAUUUGCUCGCUUGUGAUUCCAGCAGAAAUCAUUUAAUACAUGUACAUCUCUUUUG